AUGGACCUCUCUAACAUCUUCCGGAUCAUCAACAUCGCCGUCGGCGUGAUCAUGGUUUUGGGUGGUAUCGCCCAAUUUUUCCCUCCGUCCUUGGGCUCCAUAAUUGUUGGAGCAUAUGUGAUUGUCUUUGGUCUCCUGGUCGGUGGGCUGGAAUUCCUGCCCAACGUCCCCGACUAUGUCUACCGUUAUGCGUCCUUCCUCUUCUCGUUCCUUGGCAGAGGUAUUUUCUACAUUUUUGUCGGAAGUAUUAUGCUGCACGACCACGUGUUGCAACAGAUCGCGGGCUCCAUUGUCGGAAUCAUCGGCGUGGGAUACCUUGCUCUCGAAUUCGUCCCCUCCAUUGAGCCCCCUUCGAACAUGCGCGAGGCCGAUCAGAGUUGGGGGGCUGAACAGGUCUAA